AUGGACCUAGAGAUUCAAAAGCUUGUGAGUGAGUAUAGUAGUUCACGAGAUAGAGACGUUAGAUAUGUUAUUGUCAGGGAGCUGUAUGGGGGUUUACGCGACGCGAACGCAGAGGCGCAGGAGCCACUGCUAGCGGCGCUUGAGACAAGUGGAGAAUCCCUAAAGAGUGUUACCCGGAUUAUAAUAAUUGGUUCGUUGGAGGAUGGAGGAGCAAUUCGGUCCUUGGUGGCAGGCAGCGUGCUGCCUGCUCUGGGCCGGGUAAGCGCAUGUCACGUGACUGAGGAAUUGGUGCGAGAGCUGGUUCGGGACGAGGGUCGUACCGAGCGAUGCCACGGUGUGCUGCUUUACCUGCUGGCGCUGAGAGACGGGAGUGGCGCCCUGUGUGCCGACGAGGAGGAUGUUGCGGCGUAUGUCGGGGUUCUGAGCCGGCUUCGUGAUAUUAGCCAGGCCUGGAAGGAUGUGCUUAUUGCGCUAUGUCUGGGUAGCGCGGUUCGGGAUGCGCGGCUUGUGCGCAAAAUCUACGAUUUAGGCGUGCGAGAUGCGUUUGUAGCUGUAGCUCGAGACAGCAGUGCUGCGGUUGUGGGGCCGCUAUUGGUAGAAAUUGAUGAUUUAGGAUUGUUAGCUGCGGUGGGUGAGGCGUGCCCUACCCGUUUUACACGUGUGGUAAGCGUUAUAGUUGAUCGGUGGUUACGCGGUAAGCUGCAGGGCGGCACUGUUGAGGCACUGCGGCUAAUGCGCGCGCUGGGUCCUAUCCUUGGGCCGUCAGAUACCGCUUUAGUAGGGCAGCAUUGCGUAAUGGUGCUUAACAAAUGCAUUGACACUGCUAUAGAUUUAGGUCAAAGAUCAGACUCGAAGCUGAGCGUGAGCGAUGCUAACAGUGAUAGUGAGGAAACCUGGCGGUUUUCUGGGGAUUGCGAAGAAGCAGAGAUGCUUGAAACCGAAGACGAAUGCAACGCUGAUAUUGAUGAGGCUACUCAUCUUGUUGACGACAAUAUUGUAGCUAUCAGUGCUGCACUCUUCGCCUUAGCGGCAAUGUGGGCGCUUCCGGCAGAUGCUGCGGAUACGAUCCAUCGGCUCCCAGAUGGUCCUGGCGAAGCCAUAACGCAUGGUCUACUUUGUGUAGGGGUACGGCAUCCCCAACUGCUUGACAUAGUCAUUGCCAAAUGCCACGACGUGGCACCAGAGUCUCUGUAUUGCCUUACCCCAUCUCAGGUCAAGCUUCUCUCAUCGUUUCCCGGCCAGCGGCACGCUGCAUUUCUUCAUUCCACUGACGAAGAUGCUUUAGCUGGCAUGAGUGCAGUUAAUACCAAUAUGCUUCAGCACUGGCAGAAUAGCCGUGAGAUCUCGAAGGGAUACGUUGACGCAACACUAGGCUUAAUUCGUGAACUACUUUCACGUGAUUCAACCAGUAUAGAAGACCACCAAUGGUGUGUAGACACACUUACAUGGAUUGGAAGACAGUGUCCAUUCUAUCGAGAGCCAGCCAUACGUCUACUGCUUCCAGUGCUCAAGCCUCCUAAACAAUUUGUCAAUGUUAUCCAGGUCGGUAACAUGAAACAAAAACAAGAUGAUUCUAUACAUUCGAGAGUGUCGGCUGCAACGACAUUAUAUGCCUGGUUAAAAGAUCAUGCUCAUCCUUGGCCAUAUGUUGAAGUUCUUGCGAUGCUGCCGUAUUUGCGCUACUUAUUACGUGAUCGGUACCUUCAAAAGCAUGCUGUUGAGCUAUACCAUGCCGCCUUGAAAGCACACGGCGAACUGCUCCUUGCAAGAGAUUAUUCAGCAGCAGAAGAGACGCUACAUAUGUUUGAAGAGCAAUGGCCAGAGGGAUCUGCUCCUGUGAGGGACCUAUUCGUUGCCCUUUCAAAGAAACUUUGA